CGAUCAGUGUUGCUUAAAAAUGUCUAUGACAAGUAAGAUCGUUUAUACUUCGACGAAAUUCGUUUGUACGGUGUUUUAAACAUGGCAAAGUUGUUGUUUUUAGUGUUGACUGUAAAUGUGGCGUUUCUCAAUGUAACAGUUGAGGUAGUAAAGGGCGAAUACUGUGAAACGUACGAAGACUGCCCGAAUGUAAGGGGAUGCUGUCGGCAGAACGAGUGUGUUAGAUGUUCAAACCCUGGUUGUAAAUCUGAUUCGGAAUGUACGCCAGGGCAACGAUGCUGCGAAGGAUCAAAUCAAUGUAAUUUCUGGUGUGCAGAAACUUGUGCAGUUGACGGAGAUUGUAUUGGAACCGGUAAAUAAAGCUGAUUAAAAUAUAUACUAGAUGAUAGCUUUACAUGCAGCCUUUACUUUUAGACUACAGUGGAAGCCCGCCAUACGACCACCUCGUUAAUACGACCACUCCGAUAAAUCUUAUCAUAAUACGACCACUUUUCAUUUCCCCGAACAUCACCUAAUUUAAGUAUUUUUGAAGACCUCGUUUAUACGACCACCUUGUUAAUACGACCAACAACCACCUUCUGAUGUCCCCAUCUCUUUAUUCUUUAAUACGACUAUUUAAGCCCCAUUGGCCGUUUAUGUAGUUUUAAAGACAAGCGUGAUUUAAUACAUCAUAAGAGAGGUUAAGAUACCCCGGUUUACGAGUACGGGUGAUAUAUACCGUACGCGUAAACCGGGGAACGACUUGUAACUUAAUAAAUCCAAGAUAUUACGGCGUGAGUGAACCUGUCAGAGAAUGGCAACUUUCGCUGUUGAGGUUCGCCAUAGGCAUAGAUUGUUGAAAACUUUGACAAGCAUACGUGCAUUUGAUUUGGGUAAGAUUUUGAAAAUUUUUACUAUUUAAACGGCUCACAAAUAGUAAACAGAAAACACCCGUACCCGUUUGUCUUUUACGUGUAGACGAUGGUUUACCGCGGGGAAACGGGUAGAAAUUACGGGUAAAAAUGCUGACAUCAGCAAAAAUUGGUAAACAAAAUAAAAUGGCGAUAUUCGUACCCGUAAAACGGAAUCGUGGUAUCUUAACCUUUCUAUGGUCAAACAAUUGCAUGAACAAUAAAUUGAAUUACAUGUCACACACACAAACAACAAACUUUCUUUAACAUUAAAAUUUUAAAAAUACAAUGAAUUCUGUCAGGUUUAAUUGAUAUUGAAUCGGGGUUAAACGAGCAAAUAAAAAGGUGAAAAUCAACGGGAAUGCCGAUACUAAAAAGUCUAAAAAGGCUUGUGCAGGAACGUGGCAACUGCGUGUCGGACUAUAUAUCAAUUACAUAUACUGUAUGUAUGCCCAUCGGUGCUUUACGCGUUAUAGGUCGAGGUUUUUGAGUUUUGACAUUGAAAGGAGAACCUUAAUUGAAUUAGCUGUAUAUGUAUACUCUCAGUUCGGCCAGUUGUUGGAUACAUCCUUCCGGAAAUUACGUCACUUUGGCUAAAGGCCGCGUCUCAAUCACGAAAACGAAAACGAUAGCCAAAUGACCAUAGAUAUCUUAUAUAUACACUAGAUAACGCAUCUCUUUUAUUAAAAUUAAAGCCAAGAAUAUUCCAGCGGUUACCCCCAUUUGAAUAGAUGGCGGCCAUAUUGGUCGUUCCCACUCGCUAAUAAACGCUUAAAAACAUCAAUAACUUUCAUCAUUUGAAUAGUUUAAAAACGUAUUUGGAAUAGGGUUAACUUAAUGUUUAAGUUCCCUGUUUAAGAAAUAGAAAACAUGCGAAUCUUCUGAUUUCAUGGGAACGACCUGAGAACUGCAAUCACGGCUUCAAUUUUUGAAUUGCAGAAUAAUUAGAUGCACUAUCUAGUGUAUAUAGGAUAUCUAUGCAAAUGACGUACUUUCCGGAAGCGUGUAUUGCGCGUGUAAUGACCAAUUUAAGCCAGAUUCGGCAAGUAAACUAUAGAUCUCGAUGGACAAAUCACUCCUAAAAAGUGUAGGAAAUAUAACAAAAUCAAGAUUUUCUUAUGCCUCUGGUAGUUUUUCACUUUGAUCUUUCGUCGGGGUUUUUUUUCCAAAGGAGUACGUGAUUUAAUUUCUUGAAUCUUAUCAACGAUUUGCCAUUCGCAAUUACUGAAGUCCUCUAUUUUCCGACAGGUAAAUGUUGUCGCUCCAACACUUGCGUAACAGCGUGUCGAAAAUCGAAGGGCGAAUGCGAUUCUGAUUCUGAUUGUCGUAGUGGAGACUACUGCUGCAGAGACAAGGUCUCGGGAUAUGGAAACUGCAGCUCGAACUGUAUUGGCAUGCCAUGCAGAAACUACAGCGACUGUGCUCGAAGCGAAGCUUGUUCGUCAAAUAAGUGCAUCCAUGUGCUAUGGUGCGACUAUGAUAGAGACUGUCCGGAAAAGCAAUACUGUACUACUCGUGGCCGAUGCGAGGCUCGCAAUUAUGACUACGGCAUGCCAGCUUGGAAGUUAACGGUCAUAAUAUUUUCUAGCAUAAUCGGCGCCAUAACUAUUCUUGUCCUACUUGUUCAGUGCAUUCCUUGUUUGAAAAAACGACACGAGGCGGUUACCAAGGAAUGGGAAAUGAGUGGCCUGAAUCAUACUGGUGGAACGGGUCUAACAUUUCCAGUGUUCUAAUUUUAAAACCAUGAGGAGUAAAUAAAACUGGAUCACGACCAGAAAAACUUGUAUUUUGGUAAAAUUUUAUAUUAUAAAUGAAUUUUUCAUGAUUUGGCGUGCUCAGUCGAGUUAUUUAGCAGUUGGCAUGCUGAAUUUUUCAUGAUUUGGCGUGCCCAGUCGAAUUAUUUAGCACUUGGCAAUUUGGAAGAGCACUUCAUAAAAAAUUCAUGAAAAUUUAUAUUAUUAAUAAAUAUUUUACGAAUAAAACUCUUUAAUGUAAAUUAGUUUUGCAAUAUAAGAUGCAGAAAAGGUUAAUUGAAGCCGACAAUGAAAUUACUGACGAAGACUUUUGUGGGCACGACCUUCUUAUUACGCGAUUGAUUAAAUUAUGAUUAGUUCCACUGUAUCAUGCACAUUUACUGCGCCGUGUAUACAGCUAUUUCAAUUAAG